GAGCAAGCUUCAAGUCCUACUUUGUUUAUGUAGGUAGCUCUGAGUUAGCUAUUUAGCUAGUUGGCUUGCUAACUGACAGCUUUAAGACAGCUUUGUUUUGUUUUUUUACUAACGGUAACUAACUACGUGGGUUAUUAGGCCGAUCAACAAACAUUUCCUUCGUAGGUGAAUCUAUAUAGACAGGAUCUAGUGUUGUUUGGUGGCAGAGAUGAGCUGUUUUAUUGAAUGAAGGAGUGCACACCCCUGGUGCCGAUAGCGUUAGGAGAAUGAACUCCAUCCCUGGUCGGGAUCACCCCGUUACCAACGCCUCUGUCAGCUCUGGAUCCUCAUCUUCUCGUGCUUUGCACGUUGAGCUCACAUCCCAACAGAGGCGAUUACGUCAUCUCAGAAGCAUUGCGGCCCGUAACAUUGUCAACAAGAAUGGCUCUCCACUGCUGGACACAUAUUUUACCCUUCAUCUAUGCCUAGAAGAUCGGAUAUCCAGAGACUUUUACAAGAGUGAGAUCAUCCGUGAUUCAUUGAAUCCAACAUGGCGGAGUCUGGAUUUUGGGAUGCUGCCAGACCUCCUGGACACGUCUGUGUCCUGCUUCGUGGUGAGGAUCUGGGGUGGUCGGAAGGAACAGUUCACCCUCCUUAUAGAGUGGAAGGUCAGCUUGGACGGCCUCAGAUACACCGGCCAACAGAUCCGCUCAAGGAAUCCAAAUGAGAUCAUAUUUGGAUUAAAUGAUGGCUACUAUGCAGCUGACUUUGACCAUAAGGACCAGUCUGAAAGGAAGAAGAACAGUUUACUUCAGGUGGACCAGAGUUCAGUGAGGAACUCCUACAGUGUCUUCUCCCUGCUGAGGCUCCACACUGCUCAGAGAGCCAUCAAGCAGACCCAGGUGACAGUACAGAAGAUCGGGAAGGAGAUCGAGGAGAAGUUGAGGACAACAGCAGCCUGUACCGAACGGAAGAAGGAGCGGGAGUGUAUGCACUUGCGGCUAGGGACGCUACGAGGGGAGCUGGAGAGACAGAGGAAAGCACUGGGCCGGGAGACAGACCUGCGGCAGAAGGAGAGGGCCCAGCUUCAAAAGAAAGAGGAAGCGUUCUCCACCAAACACCAGAGUCUAGAGAUGGAGAGAGAGUUGUUAACAGAGCAGCAGAAGGAAUGCGCUGCCAAAAGGGAGCUGUUCCUCAAAUCCAACGCUCAGCUCACCUUCCGCUGUCGUCAGCUCCUCUCUGAGCUGUCCUACAUCUACCCCAUCCAUGUGGUUUCCACAGCCCAUGGUGCACACUCAGAUUAUGUCAUCUGUGGAGUGAAGCUGCCCAACUCUGAGGAUUUUCAAGCAAAGGACGAUGGGAGUGUGGCGGUUGCCCUGGGUUACACAGCCCACCUGGUGUUGAUGAUCAGCUGUUUCCUGCAGAUCCCCCUCAGGUAUCCUGUCAUCCACAAGGGCUCCCGGUCCUCCAUCAAGGACACCAUCACAGACAAGCUCAGCGAGAAGGAGAGGGAGUUCCCCCUCUACCCUCGUGGAGAGCGAUUUCAGUUUGAAUAUGGAGUCUACCUGAUCAACAAGAACAUCGCCCAACUGAGAUACCAGCAUGGCCUGUCCACUCCAGACCUCCGCCAGACCCUUCCAAACCUCAAGAACUUCCUGGAACACGGCCUUCUAGUCCGAUGUGACCGACACCAUGUCUCCACCUCCAUCCCGGUCCCAGCAGGAGCCAAGUCUCAGCUCGGUGCCUCGGUUGCGUCUGAGGUAGGCUUCCCCACCCACACCAGCUCUCCGGACCGGGGCUCGCUGAGGAAGAGGGCCAGCUCCGAGGCAGACAAGCAGAAAUACAAGGCCAGCCCUCCUCCCAGUUACAACAAGGCAAUGGCCAUUGCCCCGCCCCAGGGGGGCCUGGUGCUCCCCGACCCCUCCCCCAAGCACUUGUCCUCCUCCCUGGACACCAGCAUUGACCUGGCCAAGACUCUGGAGGUCCAGGCACGCCAGGCGCCGGCCCCGGGGGAGGGCGACAGGGCGGUGGAGGGAGGAUUAGAUCUGCAGGUAGUAAGACCGCUGGAGGAGGCGGAAGAACAGAAGUCCUUCAGCGCCGGUGGAAUAACAGGAGGCUGUGAUCUCAGCGGCAGCCCCGCCGGGUUCAGCACCGGCCAGUCAGGGGAGGCGGUGCCCGCCAGCGGGCAGCACACAGACCUCACCAUGAACGGCUCAGUGAUGCCAGGCGAAGGAGUGGCGGGGCAAGCGGGGGAGCGAAUGGUGCCCGUGUCAUUGAACCCGGAGAUGUGCUGUUCUGUGGAGGAGGCGGAGGAGAUCAUGGGGACGGAGGCCACGGGCCUGGCGGGCGGGGCCAGGCUGGAGGACUACCCCUGCAUCCCUGUGGAGGAGGCUGUGGCCGUGGAGUGCGACGAGCAAGUGCUGGGUGAGCUGGAUGCCGCCGGCUUUGAGGAGUUCUCCCGCCGCAUCUAUGCACUUAACGAGAACAUGUCCAGCUUCCGCAGGCCGCGCAAGAACUCCUCUGAGAAGUGAGGGCAGGACGGCAGGGCGUGAGGGGAGGCCGGGCUGAGAGCUCAGGACAGAGCUGGGCAGGGAUGAGGAAUGAGUUGUGGGCGUGGAGUGCCGAUGGGGGCGGUUUUUUGUGCGUGUGUUCCUGUCCCAUGCAUCAAUACAAAGAAACAUAGGAGUUACAUGAUUACAAACUUGCACUUCUUCUCUGGAACAUUUCUAUUGUCCUUUACAAGAAAUAAAGCGAUUGUGGUUGAAAUGCUUCCCGGGCCUCCUUUCAGGAUGCUUGGCAGUGUUGUGGGACAGAGGGAGUCUGUGUGCUGGGUGACCUCCUCUGCCAACUAAAUGCAUCCUGCCUUAGUUCCUUCAAGUAAGCAGUGAUCUAACAAGUGUGUCCUAACUCAUACCUGUCAGUUCCUGUUGUAUCAGUAAUGACUCCAAGACGAGUUAGUUAGAACAGAGACAGGCCCUUCAGCAUGGCUUAGGGAGAGAGAGGAGUUACAUCAAAGAUCUAUCCCACCUUAGACCUCUGACCUCUGUCGCCUAUUAGAAAACCAGCUGAUCAGUAGGUCUGCUUACACUGUUGGCUUAAUCAGAUACUUACUGUUCCACCCCGCGCCUCCAGGUCCAAAAUCCCAAACAGCCAUUGGACAGGCUGCUCUGUCUCUGCCCCCUGGGGCCAACGCUGAUCUGUUCUCACUGAGGACCAGAAAUGAGUAGAGGAGGGGUAGGCUGACGCAUGUUAGCUAAUGGCACAUUAUUGGAUAUGUUUCUGUCUUUCUCCUCAAUACCUGCUUUAUCAUUUUGUUGCUAUUUCAUUAAGCACCAUUAGUAUAAAGUAUUAAUAUGAAGUCCAAUAAUUAGCAUAUUAUUCAAUAGACCAAAAAAUGAAUAAUGUGUACUGUAUUCUGCUGGAAUGUCUCAGGCCCUACAAAUGCUAACCACCUUCUAGAUUUUAGACUUAGUGUCUGUUUUUACUUUCUUUUAAUUCAUUUUCCUUGUUAAAUACUUUGUUUCUUUCAGUUUUCUCCAUUGGCAAUAUGUGUGUUAUUUAAUGUAUCUCACAGAGUUUGUUUCUUUGGUUUGUUGCACAGUCAGUCAUUGAUAGUACUUUUUAAGUGUUAAACCUGUCACAACACCAAAUCUUCAGAUUCAAAUGUUCCAAAAACUAAUUGUGGGUUGAAACCAGUAGGGUGUACUAUGUUCCGAAAAAGAUCUACCCAAGAUCUAGCUCGGAUUGGAUUCUGAUGCUUCAAAUUGGAAUCCAAUUUACACUGUGACGUUAGGGGGUCUCUUUGUGUACCAGCUUGAGACAAUUGUUUGUAUGGGCCUUAUAGUGAAACUAUGACUUAUCUAUAAAAGUAUUUGUUUCAUUUUGGAAUGAUCACAACCGGUCAUAUGUUCAUCAGUCAAACAAAUCACUUCAAAAAGUAGUCUUCCUGUGUACAUACUCUAGAAAGUCAUUCCAGCAUCGAAACAGAAACUGCACUGUUCACUUGCACAGAUAAACAUAACACAACAUGCAUGUUCAAACUAGAGAACAAUGAGUCAUGACCUGUUUUUCCAGUGAUUUGUUCAUUUUAGUAGUUCAUUUGACCUGCUGGACAGAAUUGAAUAAUUCAUUCUAUGGCAGAAUGAUAUUGCUUAUCCCUCUGUCAUUGUCUCUCAGGAGACUUUCCAGGGUGUGUGCUUGUCGCACGACAUUUUCAUUGAGACAAUGUUGAACCAUCAAUCUGUGGCAGAGUCAGUACCACAUUUUUAUUUGUGCCGAAUUCUAAAUAAAAGUUAUCUUGUGAAUUGAGCCGGCUACUGUAUGGUGUGAAAUGGGCAAAGCGGCCUUUCCUUUAUUAGGCUACCUACUGUUAAUGUUGUCUAUAAUAUUCUUUGGAAUACUAAUCAGUGCACAGAACCUUUUUCGUCAAUCCUAUUUAUACAAUUAUUGUAUAGUCAUAUAAGCAUCAUACCGUGAGUUAACUUUCUUAUGCAACAUUACAGAUAUGUAAAUAUGUAACAAACAAAAAGACAUUUCAUUAAGACAUGGUUUACCAAACCUCUCUUUGGACCCCAAAAUGUUUAAAAUGUUUGUUUUUAAACUGGCACAACUAUUUCAUGAAUCUAUUAACCAUCAGGUUUUUUAAUGAUUGAGUUAGUUGCGCCCGUUAAGAGAUGAAACAAGAAACAACUGGGGAGGAUCAAGGAGAGAUUUAGAAAACUCAAUAUCAAUAAAAUAUAAAGGGGAUGAUGAAGCAAUUUUUGUUUUUGAGGGAGGGAAUUAUGAUUUAAUGACCAAUGAUUUAAUUGGUCUGUGACUUAACCUGCCCCCUAUACAGUUAGAUCUAAAGGAUAUCUUGCAAUUCAAAUUAACCUGGCUAUAAUGUGAGUCACAUUAGUGUGAUCAUUGGCAUUUUUGUUGUUUAUCCGGCCCUUAUAUCAAGACCAACUUAUACAUAAUUAAUUGCAUACGUUUAUUGCCUGAAUAUACAUUUUCACAUGGUAAUCCCAACUUGGGACUCGAGUGGCCUCAAGUUACCUUGCUAACACCUCAACCCAGCUACAGUACCUAGCACACUUUACUGCUUGUGUUCCCUGUGUAUUGCUCUGGAAAUGGGCCACAGAGUUCCCAGUAGAAUAAACCCAAACUGAUGUGGCAAACUGAUUUACAUACUAACCACCAGAUACAACAAAUAUGGAUUUUAUCAUCUAGUCCCCUAGAAAUGUUCCAACUUAUUUUUAUUAUGAUCAAGUAUUGUGCUGGAUGACUGUUAAAAUGUAUUGUAUUUAAAAUGAGAGAUUGAACCAUUGUAAAUCAUUUCCUUAAAAUGCUAUACAAUAUGUGACCUUGUACAUAUACUUUUGUAUGGGGGGCAUUUUAUUAUUAAAGACUUUGUCCAAUGGCA